AUGCGGACCAAUCUAGAAAUCGUCCAAGAAUGCGACAACUUCCCCUACCCCAACCUAACCAACAACACCGCCUACACCAAAGCCAUUGAACCACUAUGGCUCUUCUUUCUCCCAGACGACCUAGAGCCCCACGGCUUUCUCAUCCAAUCAGUAGUCGACCGCAUGCCAUGGACCCCCUCCUUCCGCCUCAUCCCCGAAAGCAAACAAGUCCACCUUCUCAAAUACCCCGGAAGAAAAGAUUGGCAAACCGCCUGCAACGAAGCAAUCGAUGAACUACUCGAUCUUACCCGUGCCAAAAAGGUUUUUCCCCGCCUAGGCAAGAAAAGAGAUGAGAAGUUCCCUAUCGUCGGCGCCAAAUUCGAUAUUGGGAUCGAAAGGUCAGCGAUGAGCUUGUUCGGGAUUAUUGGACAGGGUGCUCACAUGACGGUUUACACUCGUACGUCAUUGGGGGAGAUGAAGUUCUGGAUUCCGAGGCGGAAUGCCAACAAGUCGACUUAUCCCGAUAUGCUGGAUCAGGCUGUUGCUGGUGGGGUGGCGCAGGGGGAGACGCCGUUUGAGUGCAUCGUUCGUGAGGCGGGGGAGGAGACCGCGUUGGAUGAGGAGGUGGUGAGGGGGGAUGUUGUUGCGGCGGGGACGGUGACGUGGUUCAAUGUUUCUGAUGAGAAGGCGGGUGGGGAGGUGGGUUUGAUGAAUCCGGGGGUAUUGUAUGUUUAUGAUCUGGAGGUUGGUCAAGAGGUGGUUUUCAAGCCGGUGGAUGAUGAUAUUCAGGCUUUUCAUUUGAUGAGUGUGGAUGAGGUGAGAGAUGCGAUGAGGAGUGGGGAGUUUAAGCCGAGUUGUGCGGCGGUCAUGAUGGAUUUCUUUGUGAGGCAUGGGUUUAUCACGGCGGAGAAUGAAGUGGAUUAUGUUGAGAUUGUGUCGAGGCUGCAUCGUAAGCUGCCGUUUAGAACCAGCCCUGGUUUUUGA